UAUACCCGCAGUUCGCGAUUAUCUUAAUGUAUUUGCACAAAUGGAAUGGCUACAUUAAUGGUGUCUGCAUACUUACAAGCAGUCAGAUGUAUGGAGAGAAACGCUCCAGAUAUACUGCGUGUAAAUGAAUGACACCAUUGAUGCAACUGCCUCUCUCUCUGUACCACAGAGAUUGAUAUGAGACUGAGAUAAUACUAUACCUCAUAUGCCACAUAUACGUAUAGUGACGAUUUAAUUAAUAUAUUAAUUUCUGAAACUACAUUUGUGAUGUGUAGUGUGGGUAAUUAAAUGAGAACUUUGUACAUAUAGUGUCGGAAAGCGGUAUUUGCUCAAAGUAUCUCGGAGAACGGGUGGUGUUGCAGCCAUAUAAUGCGGCUACAGCCAUAUAAUGUAUACAAAAAGCUAAAGUUCGAUAAUAUAUAUAUAUAUAUAUAUAGCGAAUAUAUAUCUAGUCCGUUAAAUUUUCUUGUGAGCAGUUGUAUAUAUCGUCAGCCAUAAAAAGUUUUAGCGAUCAAAAGUGAAAAUGGCUGAGGUAACAAGUGUCGAUGUGUGUCGAGAAGCAUCAAUGGGGUUUUUCAACAAAAAAAAAUGUGCCAACAAUAAUCGUCCGUUGUGGAAGAGACGACCGUUUUUGCUCAAAAUAAAUCAUUUCAUAAAAGUGCCUGUGCAGUGUUAUCGCGUAUACCGUUACCGCGGUAUAAUAAUUGUAUCGUCAAAAAUGCGGGACAGUGUGUGCGUGGGUGUAAUUCGCAUACCGAGUUUCCUAGUUAACGAGGAUGAGAUGAAAAGCGGCGUUUACGAUGACGCUGAAUUUGAACGACACAGGGGAAUAUUAAGAGAGUGGAUCCGUAUCACCCUCUGGCCUACAAAAUACUGCGCCUGGGGUGCGUGAAUUUGAAUCUCGGUGAAGUACACAACCAUUCGCCAAGUACCAAAUGGAAUACUGCAUUUAUCUAAUCCCAACCCAUCUGUCCCCACAAUUUACGUAUCCUUACGUCUUACUAUCAUCUAAUCCUCAUACUUUCCCCAAUUAGGUAAAGCAAUGUUCAAUUGUACUCCUAGACCAGUUCUCAUCCUUCUACAUUCUCACUAUGAAUGCAAUUCGUGCAUGCAUUUAUACCUGCACCAUAAUGUCCGGAUAUACGAAUGCCAAAUACGAAUUUCAAAAGUACAAAACCUGUGAAUUAAGCCCGGCCAGCGUCUUGUUACAACAUCUAUGCCUGCAACAAGUACAUGCUCGAUUGUCGUGGAAGAAAAGUAACAUCCACUCUUGGUCUUGGUGGAAGUACAGAGAAUCUCGCAAAUGGCACGACGCGACGACUUCAAAAUCAAAGUGAGCUAACUUCAUUGAGAGAAUCCGAAAACAAGUACAGACAACAAUAUGUAGAAGCAUCUCACAGGGAGAAGAUCUUAGUAAGGAGGCUUGCCUCCAAAGAGCAGGAAUUGCAAGAAUACAUUAAUCAAAUAACUGAAAUGAAAGCCACCCAUGCUCCGUCCGCAGCAGCAUUAAGAUCUACUCUGUUAGAUCCGGCUGUUAAUAUAUUGAUACAGAAAUUAAGGCAAGAGUUGAUAACAACUAAGGGGAAGCUAGAGGAUACUCAGAAUGAACUCAGUGCAUGGAAAUUCACUCCGGACAGCAAUACCGGUAAGAGAUUAAUGGCGAAAUGUAGACUGUUGUAUCAAGAGAACGAAGACCUUGGCCGUAUGAUCGCCAGUGGCCGUAUCGCCAAGUUGGAAGGUGAACUCGCCUUACAGAAGAGUUUCAGCGAGGAAGUAAAGAAGUCACAAUCAGAAUUGGACGAGUUUCUGCAAGAUUUAGAUGAAGACGUGGAAGGUAUGCAGAGCACCAUUUAUUUCUUGCAACAAGAACUGCGCAAGGCUCGAGAGUCUGUCACGCUGCUGCAGCAGGAGAACGCGGCAUUGAAGAUAAACAUAAACGAGAAUAACUUGUCGAACGGUUUGUCGCCCCAUACUCCGCCGAUCAAGAAAGAGGAGCCGGAAGAGGUUGCAAUACCAGAUGCAAAACCUCCGAAGCCGACCGAGGACAGUGAUAUGUGCAAAGGUGUAAGGACUCCACCGUUAACGUUGCAACGGUCGCCUCAGAGUGAGCUCACGAGUGUCGAAAGAACAGAACGUGCGGAGAGAAAACUGAACCAAGCCGAUCACAAUGAUGAGAGUUCUAGCGAUUCGGCAGCAUUAAUUAUUAAGGUCGAGAAUGAGGAGCUUAGUGAUAGAGAGGAGGAGCAUGAGGAGAACCGUAAUAAAAGAAUAUUAAGGAGUAAGAAUCACAACAAGAGUAGUGGUAAAUCGAACGGGGAAGAGGUGCUAAUACGAACAACGCGGGGUAGGGACAGGACAAAGAGGGAAAAGAGUGCUCCCAGUAGUGAUGAUGAAAGGACGCACAAGAAGAAGCGGAGGGAAAGCAUUCUUUCUCUCGAUUAUAAUGAAGCCGACGACGAUGCGUUAGUUUUAACGAAUGGCGAGACUCUACAGAGUGACCCGGAAUAAAUGAAUACUUUAGGUUGAUUUUAUAUGACAUUUAUCGCAUAUAUCGUUGAGACAACCGAUACGAUUUUGACGUGGUUCUCCGAUGAUUAUUAUGUACAAAAAUUUUUCAUCUGAAGCCGAUGCCGUUUUGGAUCUUUGAAGGAUACAUUUGAACAAAUGAAUUAGUCAUAAAAAGAGACAUAAUUUCCGUACCUGUACCGGCGAUAAAUUUAAGAAAGGUAAAUAUCGGCAUCGUGGUCUCAAAAAUGAACUUGUAAAUAUUUGUAUCAUUAGAAAUGUUCAUGGUUCACAUUUAUGUCAAGUUAAUUGCGUAUGACUAAGUUACAGAUUAUAUUGUAGAGAUAAAGCAGAUGAAUCUUGGCACUUUCCGUCGAUUUAUAAUUUGUAAAAAUCGAGCGUGCUUUUACGAAAAAGUGGAACAAACAAAUUAUGCUCAUAUUUGUAAACUUAUUGUAUUAUCAUUUUGCGUAAAUCAGUAAAAGUCUUCGUUAAUAGCAAAGAAAUGGUGGUUCGAGAGAACCGUUAUCGUUACUAGUAAAGAAAUAUUAAUUGUUAAUUAAUCAAAAAAUGCCUUUUUUGACCACGUUAUGUAAA